UGUUUUACCCAUUACUCUCAUUUGUCAACUCAGAAAAACAUGGAUGGUCGCCAAAUGUCUGGCCGACUACACAACAUCAAGAUCAAGAUCUAUGUCUGUCUUUAACAAGAUUGCAGGCACAAAAGUGUGCAGUCCAACCCUGAGCCUGUUUUGACAAGAGAUAUUGUUGCAAAGUUGCCAGAUUUAUCACCAUGUCUACCAAAAGUAUGCUUCAAGGCUUUGUUGCAGGCCUUAAGCAUCGGGCAGAAGAUGUUAGGUUUAAGACAGCAAUUGAACUUCACCACUUUGUGGUUACUGAACUUCGGGAAAUGCCACAGGAUGAUGUGGCAUCCUUCAUGGAUGAUUUCAAUCAUCACAUCUUCGAGAUGGUCUCGAGCCCAGAUGUCAGCGAGAGGAAAGGAGGUGUCUUAGCCAUUGUGAGUCUGCUAGGUGGAGAUGUUGGCAACAUUGGCACCCGGAUGAGCAGAUUUGCCAAUUAUUUGAUGAACUUGCUGCCGUCCAACUCGUACGAUUUGGGUGUGAUGGAAAUGGCUGCCAAGGCGGUGGGCAUCCUGGCGCUCUCGUCGGGAACGUACGCUGCCGAGUACGUGGAGUUUGAGGUGCGGCGCAACUUGGAGUGGCUUGUGUCAGACCGCGUCGAAGGAAAAAGGCAGGCUGCCGUGUUUGUCCUGAAGGAGCUGGCCUUGAACACCCCGACGUUUUUCUACCAACAAGUACAACAGUUCUUUGAGUCCAUUUUCUUUGCUGUGCGGGAUCCAAAGCCAUCGAUCCGAGAGGGAGCUGUCGGAGCGCUUAGAGCUGCCCUGGCCGUCACGUCGCAGAGAGAGACCAAAGCGAACCAGAGAUCAGUGUACAAGCAAUGUUUCGACGAGUCGCUGAAGCCGUUUGACGAGACGGUCGGGCGGGAGAAGAAGAUGACUCGUGACGACUGGAUGCACGGCUCGCUGCUCAUCAUCAACGAGCUUCUGAGGUGUAGCAACAACGAGGCGGAGCGACUGAGAAUUGAAGUAGAAGAAAUCACGUCUGAGCAAGUGAUUCAUGAGAAAACUGCAAAGGAAUUCGGCAGCAAAUCCAAGGUCCACGCGAGCGUGUCAGCCCUACAGCAGAUCCAGCAGAAGUCAUCGUCUCUGUAUGCCUUCUGCCCCGGGGCCAGGGAGAGCCAGCAGAAGAUCCCGCUGUAUGAGAGCAAGACUUGUAAGGACCUCAUGACUGGAAACUUUGACAGGAUCUGUAACCUGAUGCUGGCUCACCGCACCAGCCGCAGCACCUACGUCCAGCAGACUCUGCUCAUAGCCCUGCCCAGGCUGGCCGCGUUCAACCCGCAGGUGUUCACACGCAUCUUCGGAUUAGAAAACCAGCGAUUCAAAUGCCAUGUGGGAAGGAACCCCGCUAAGAAAGAAAAGCGCUACCUGCAAGACACCAUCAACUUCCUGCUGGGCAUUCUCAAGCGAGAGCGCGACCGCUCCCAGGCAUUCCUGGCCGUGGGUUUCCUGGCGAUCGCGGUGCAGGGGGAAAUCUUCACGUACAUGAGCAGGAUCAUGGAUAUCAUCCGUGCCUCGCUGCCCUCCAGGGAUCUCUCCACAAAGAAGAACCGUAACUUCGUGGUGGACCCAGCGGUGUUCACCUCCGUCAGCAUGCUGGCCCGCGCCAUGGGCCCCACGCUCACCCACGACGUGAAGGAGCUGCUGGAGUCUAUGCUGGCCACAGGACUCAGCCCUGCCCUGACGGCGGCCCUGCGAGAGCUGGCCACACAGAUCCCACAGCUCAAGAAGGACAUUCAGGACGGGCUGCUCAAGAACCUGUCGCAGGUGCUCAUGGGGCAGACGCUGAGGCACCCGGGCGCCUCCAGCAUACCCUCACAGCUCCUCUCAGCGCCCCCCAUCAACGACGCGAGCGAUGUGACCAACGUGACCCUUGCCCUCCGCACUCUGGGCAGCUUUGACUUUGAGGGUCACUCGCUGACCCAGUUUGUGCGCCACUGUGCCGAGCAUUACCUGGCCAGUGAGCACAAAGAGAUCCGCAUGGAGGCGGUGAUCACGUGCGCCAGAUUGCUCUCCCCGCUGCUGCAGCUACUGUCUCGACAACAGGGCCAUGUGAGCAUGACGGCCAUGACCACCGUAGCGGAGGUCCUCAACAAAUUGCUGGUGGUUGGCAUCACAGACUCGGAUGCGGACAUCCGCUACUGCGUGCUGACCUCGCUGGACGAGAGAUUCGACCCUCACCUCGCCCAGGCGGAGAACCUCAGCGCUCUUUUCAUCGCGCUCAACGACGAGGCCUUUGAGAUCCGAGAGCGAGCCAUCUGCAUGAUUGGACGGCUCAGCGCCAAGAACCCGGCCUACGUCAUGCCUUCCCUGAGGAAAGUGCUCAUUCAGAUCCUGACGGAGCUGGAGCACAGCGGCAUCGGUCGCAACAAGGAACAAGCGGCGCGCAUGCUGGGUCACCUGGUGUCCAACACGGCGCGGCUCAUCAAACCCUACAUGGUCCCCAUCAUGGAGACUCUGAUCCCUAAGCUGAAGGAGGCCGACCAGAACCCGGCGGUGGUCAUCAGCGUGCUGCAAGCCAUUGGAGAACAGGCUCAGGUCAGCGGUCCUGACAUCAGCAAGUGGAUGGAUCAGCUACUGCCCAUCAUCAUGGACAUGUUACAGGACUCCUCUUCUCUGCAGAAGAGAGAGGUAGCGCUGUGGACGCUGGGCCAGCUGGUGGAGAGCACGGGCUCGGUGGUGGAGCCCUACAGCAAGUACCCGACGCUGCUGGACGUGCUGCUCAACUUCCUCAAGACGGAGCAGUCGCACAGCAUCAGGAGGGAGGUGAUCCGAGUGCUGGGUCUGUUGGGUGCCCUUGACCCCCACAAGCACCGCACCAACCUGGCGGCCAUCAAGGAGUCGGAGGCUUCGGCCAGCAAGUCGGAGGUCAAGCUGAGUGGACAGGACCCAAGUCUUGGAGACGUGAACGUGAGCGAGCUGAUGAGCUCGUGCAACUCCCUGGAGGAGUUCUAUCCGGCUGUCGCCAUCCACCUCCUGAUGCGGAUCAUCCGCGACCCGUCGCUGGCGCAGCACCACAAGAUGGUGGUGCAGGCCAUCACCAUCAUCUUCAAGUCGCUCAACAUCAAGUGCGUGCCGUACAUACAGACGGUGAUCCCCGCCUACCUCACCGUCUUCCGCACGGCCGAUCCCAGCUUCAGAGAGUUCCUGUUCCAGCAGCUGGGUGUGAUCAUCGCCAUUGUGAAGCAGCACAUCAAGAACUACCUGGAGGAUAUCUUCAACCUUAUCAAGGAGUACUGGACGACGUCCACCUCGAUGCAGAGCGCCAUCAUCAUCCUGAUCGAGCAGAUCGUCAACGCGUUGGGCACCGAGUUCCGCAUGUACCUGUCGCAGAUCAUUCCCCAGAUUCUGCGUGUCUUCAUGCAUGACACCAGUGAGAACAAGAUCGUCACUGCCAAGCUCCUCAAGGCCCUGGAGAUGUUUGAUGGUAACCUUGACGACUACCUCCACCUGUUGCUGCCCCCUGUGGUCAAGCUUUUUGACAGUCCUGAGAACCCAAUACACGUCCGCAGGAGCGCCCUAGAGACCAUUGACCGCCUGACCGACUCCCUGGACCUGUCGGACUACGCCUCGCGCAUCAUCCACCCGCUGGUGCGCACCAUGGACUCGACCCCGGCCCUCCACUCGGUGUGCAUGGACACGCUGUGCACGCUGGUCAUCCAGCUCAACCACAAGUUCACCAUCUUCAUCCCCAUGGUGACCAAAGUGAUUGCCCGCCAGAAGAUUCACCACCAGCGCUUCCACAUCCUCAUGACCCGCAUACUCAACGGCACCACCAUAGCAGAGGAAGAAGACGAUCCAAUCCUGAUGAAGAAGGAGAGGAUGGAUAUUCUCAUCCGUAAAGGCAAGGACCGCUCGGAUAACGCUCCGGAUACCACAGCAUUCAAGAAGCUCAGUGUCAACUUUGACACCAUGAAGCGGGCUUUGGAGACUGGACGCCGUGUGUCGAAGGAGGACUGGAUGGAAUGGCUGAGGAAACUGAGCAUCGAGCUGCUGAAGGAGUCGCCGUCCCCCGCCCUGCGCUCCUGCCUGGCCUUGGCUCAAACUUACAACCCUCUGGCUAGGGACCUGUUCAACUCUGCCUUCCUGGCUUGCUGGACAGAGCUGACGGAGAUCCAACAGGACGACGUGAUCGCCAGCCUGGAGAAGACCUUGAACUCCCCGGAGAUCCCCGAGAUCAUGCAGACGCUGCUUAACCUCGCUGAGUUCAUGGAGCACUGCGACAAGGGACCUCUGCCAGUGGACGGACACCUGCUGGGCGAGCAGGCCAUGAAGUGUCGAGCCUAUGCCAAGGCCCUGCACUACAAGGAGUAUGAGUUCCACAAGGGGCCUAACACACAGAUCUUGGAGAGUCUGAUCAGCAUCAACAACAAACUUCAGCAGAGAGAAGCUGCCAAGGGAGUCUUGUCUUAUGCCAUGAAACACAACCAUGCUAACCUGAAAGUCCAGGAGAGCUGGUACGAGAAGCUGCACGAGUGGGAGAAGGCGCUGCAGGCGUACCAGAGGAAGCAGGAGCAGAACAAGGAGGACAACACGCUCACCCUGGCCCGCAUGAGGUGUCUCGAGGCCAUGGGAGACUGGAACCAGCUGCACGAGAUCGCGCUGAACCGUUGGCCCAGUGUGUCUGAUGACGUGCGUACCUCCAUGGCACGCAUGGCCUCUGUGGCUGCCUGGGGUCUGGGCCAGUGGGACAGUGUGGAGCAGUACCUGUGCUUCAUCCCGCGCACCAGUCACGACGCCGCCUUCUUCCGGGCCGUGUUCGCCCUGCACUCGGAGAACUACCAGACGGCUCAGCAGUGCAUUGACAAAGCCCGAGACAUUCUGGACACUGAGCUGACGGCCAUGGCUGGGGAGAGCUACAACAGAGCUUACGGGGCGAUGGUCAAUGUCCAGAUGCUGUCAGAGCUGGAAGAGGUGAUCCAGUACAAGCUGGUGCCAGAGCGUCGGGAUGCCAUCAAACAGAUGUGGUGGAACCGACUCAAAGGCUGUCAGAGAGUGGUGGAGGACUGGCAGAAGAUCCUACAGGUCCGGUCGCUGGUCAUCUCUCCGAUGGAAGACAUGGACGCCUGGCUCAAGUACGCCAGUUUGUGCCGCAAGAACGAACGACUGGCCCUGUCCCACAAGACACUAGUGACCCUGCUGGGAGUGGACCCGUCGAAACAGCCGGACCACAACAUCCCCACCACCCACCCCAAGGUCACUUACGCAUACCUCAAGCACAUGUGGAAGGACAACCAUAAGAAAGAGGCGUACGUGAAGCUCCAGCAUUUCGUCCGACAGUCACUGCAGACCAAGUCUCUGCAGAUCAUGGGCCCCGACGAGGCCGGUCAGAGGGCAAAGCUCAACCAACUGACUGCCAGAUGUUACCUACGGCUGGGCCAGUGGUCAGAGGAUGUGCACGGCAUCUCGGAGGAGUCCAUCCCGCAGAUCCUCGAGUACUACAACCUGGCGAAGGAACACGACGACACCUGGUACAAGGCGUGGCACUCCCUAGCCCUGAUGAACUACGAGGCCGUGCUGUUCUACAAGCAGAGAGAGCAGGCGGCCGGCGUGGCGGCAGGCUACGCGACCCCUGAGGGCGCUCUGGACAUUCCCCCGAGGCUGGACCUGAACUCUUCGCCCAGGCCCGAGUCGAAUUCGGCAAAGAUCCAGUACUGUAUCCCGGCGGUCCACGGCUUCUUCAAGUCCAUCGCGCUGUCCUCACAGAACAGCCUACAGGACACACUCAGGCUGCUGACCCUGUGGUUUGACUACGGCCAGUGGCCCGAGGUGUACGACAUGAUGAGCGAGGGCGUCACCAGCAUACAGAUCGACAACUGGCUGCAGGUCAUCCCGCAGCUCAUCGCGCGCAUCGACACGCCGCGCUCCCUGGUGCAGCGCCUCGUUCAUCAGCUGCUCAUUGACAUCGGCAAAGCUCACCCGCAGGCGUUGAUCUACCCUCUGACAGUGGCCUCCAAGUCCAACAGUCCGCUCCGACAGGCUGCAGCCAACAAGAUCCUCAAGAGUAUGUGUGAGCGAAGUCAGAACCUGGUGGCUCAGGCUAUGCUGGUGUCGGAGGAGCUGAUCCGCGUGGCCAUCCUGUGGCAUGAGCUGUGGCACGAAGGCCUGGAGGAGGCGUCACGUCUCUACUUCGGCGACCGUAACGUGCGCGGCAUGUUUGCCACGCUCGAGCCGCUGCACAACAUGAUCGAGCGGGGUCCGCAGACGCUGAAGGAGACGUCCUUCACUCAGGCGUACGGCCGAGACCUGAUGGAGGCCCAGGACUGGUGCCGCAAGUACCAGCGCUCGGGCGUGGUCAAAGACCUCACGCAGGCCUGGGACCUCUACUACCACGUCUUCCGCCGGAUCUCCAAACAGCUGCCGCAGCUGACCUCCCUAGAGCUGCAGUACGUUUCCCCCAAACUGCUCCACUGUCGUGACCUUGAACUGGCCGUGCCAGGCUUGUACGACCCCGUACAGCCGAUCAUACGCAUCAAGAGGGUUCAAAGUUCGCUACAGGUCAUCACCUCCAAGCAGAGGCCCAGGAAGCUCAGCAUAUUCGGCAGCGACGGAGAAGAGUAUCAGUUUUUACUGAAGGGCCACGAGGAUCUCCGCCAGGAUGAGAGGGUCAUGCAGCUCUUCGGUCUAGUCAACUCCCUGCUCCGUAACAACCCAGACACCUUCCGCAGGAAUCUCACAAUCACCCGUUUUGCUGCCAUUCCUCUGUCCACAAAUUCUGGCCUGAUUGGCUGGGUGCGGAACUGUGACACGAUCCACGCCCUGAUCCGCGACUACCGAGAGAAGAGGAAGAUCCUGCUCAACAUAGAACACAGGGUCAUGCUCAGGAUGGCGCCUGACUACGACCACCUGACCCUGAUGCAGAAGGUGGAGGUUUUCGAACACGCCCUCGAGCACACACAGGGCGACGACCUGGCUCGCAUACUCUGGUACAAGUCGCCCAGCUCUGAGGUGUGGUUUGAUCGUCGCACCAACUACACCCGAUCCCUGGCUGUCAUGUCCAUGGUGGGCUACGUGCUGGGUCUGGGAGACAGACAUCCGUCUAACCUGAUGCUGGAUCGUCUCAGUGGGAAGAUCAUCCACAUUGACUUUGGCGACUGCUUCGAGGUGGCAAUGGUGCGAGAGAAAUACCCGGAGAAGAUUCCCUUCCGGCUCACGCGCAUGCUCAUCAAUGCUAUGGAGGUGACGGGCAUCGAUGGCAACUACCGCAUGACGUGCCAGAAGGUGAUGUCGGUGCUGCGCGAGAACAAGGAGUCGCUGAUGGCCGUGCUGGAAGCGUUUGUCUACGACCCGCUGCUCAGCUGGAGGCUAGUCGAUGCCCACAAGACCAAGGGGGCGGGGGGCGCAGCCGCGGGCGGCAAGGGGGGCAAGUCGGGCGGAUCCAUCAACGACAGUCACGAGGGAUCUGCAUCCGGCGACCUGAUUGAGAACCUGGACGGCAGCCAGUCGGGCAUUGCGGGCAAGAAGGGCGGUGAGGCAGGGGAGCCGGCAGACGAUGUGGCUGUAGCGCCGGAGGUCACUAGCAAGAAGGCCAUCAGUAUUGUGAACCGCGUCAGGGACAAACUCACAGGUCGCGACUUUGGCCAGGAGGAGUCGGUGGACGUGACGAACCAGGUGGAGCUGUUGAUUCAGCAGGCCACGUCGCACGAGAACCUGUGCCAGUGCUACAUCGGCUGGUGCCCCUUCUGGUAGACCGGCGAUGCUACGGGUUUGUUGGUUGGCCGGUGGGUGCUCUAGUGCGGACGGUUUUCUCUCUCUUUUUCCUUCCUAUCAUCCGUCUAUUGUCCCCUAUCUCUCGUCGUCCUUCUUUUCUUUGUAUGUUACUUUCUUCUAGUCACUCCUCUGAUCUUUGGCACUUAUAUGACAUGUUUGUUUUGGAAUUGCCGUAGAACUCUUUACUAAAACAAAACUUAUCAGAUGCUGAAAUAGCUGCGUAUGUAGAGAGCGUGUCGUGUGUGUGUGUGUGUGUGUCAUGUGCGAUAUUGAUACACUGCCAUGUGAUGAGAGCGUGUUGUGGUGUGAUGUGAAAACACUGUUGUGGGAGCACAUUUUUUAAAAAGACGUGUGUGUCAAGACCGUGGACUGUGAGUGCCUAUGUCCGUAUUUAGAACAUAAACAUGUCUGAUGUGAAUGGUAGAUAAAUACGUCGUCUACCACAAGAAGAGUUUUUUUUGUACAUAUUUGUGUACCUGUAUGAGAAAAUGAGGAACUUUUAUAGUGACGGAGUGGAGGGUUGUGAGGGAGAGGGAGAGAUUCUGUUCUAUCCGUGAUUCUCAUUCCUGAAGAUUUUCAGAUUCUGAUUGUCUUGUUUCUCGUAAAGUGAAGCAGUUGCCUUUGUGUAAACAGUUGGUGAUGGACUUCACAAAUGAAAAACUUGCAGCUCAUGUUAAAUGCAUGGUUGGCGAGUUCUCUGGUACAAUUUGCUCCUUCUUUCCUGUCAAACUCUGCCAUCCUUAUCUCUCCCCUUUCUUUUCUUUGUAAUGAUACUCUCUAG